ACGAGAGUGUUUGCAGGAGAAGUGCUGUAAAGAGAUGUGUUUACAAAUGUGUCGCUUGUUGUAGUGGAACACACGUUGUUGAAGCAAAACAUCUGUAGCAAGACCGAAUCAGAAAUGGAGUCUCUGAAUGGAUCAUAGUUAUUCUGAAGAUGGACGUGGUACAGUCUGCCCCUGAAAGUUUCACCAGCACUUUUGGGAAGAAGACUCCGCUUCCUCUGCUCCAGCUGGUCGAGGAAGUCAGGAGGGAUACAGAUGUUCCUCAUCAUCUUUUGGAAACUAAGAUCUUUGCCAAACUCCAAAACAACAGUUUAAUUCAAGCAGAGCCCUCAGAAGUACAUUUUAGAGGAUUUGAAUUGGGGAAGGAUUACAAGCAGCUGUUGAAACUCACCAACAUAUCCUCUGAUGUCAUCGACAUUCAUAUUAUUCCAACUCAGACAAAGUAUUUUCAGACAGCGUACACAAAAAAGCAUCGUUUGGUUCCAGGGCUUUCCUAUACAGUAAAGCUGAACUUCUUCCCUGAUGAGUGGCGGUACUUUUAUGACUGCAUCCGCAUUCACUGCAAGAAUGAAGAAAAUAUACUGGUACCUGUCCAUGCCUAUCCUGUGAUUGAUGACCUGGACAUCCCAUCACAUAUCAGCCUACCAGCUGUAGCACUGGGCCAGAGUUUAGACCAUGUAAUCCCCCUGAGCUGCAGCUGCCCAGUUGACUUUGAAUUCCAGGUCUACUGUCUCCAGCCCAGUGAGGCUUUCUCCAUACAACCAUUCUCAGGAGUCAUCCCAGCCAGAGGCGUCGCCGAGGUGACGGUGACAUUCACGCCUUUCCAGUAUGGCACGGCCCAGGUCACCAUCCAGCUGGUCAUCUCCCAGUUUAACUCCAGACCCUACGUGUGCACCCUUAGCGGCCGCUGUCCCAACCUGGCUCUCAGUAAACAGAUUCAUGAUGAGAAGCAACCAAAAGGUCAGAAAGGGCCCACGUCUUUAUCGAAGGCCACUAAGCCUAAGCUUCGGGCGACCCGUCCCCAGGUGAAAAUUAAGGAACAGAAGAAACCCCAGGCUCCAUGUCAGAAGACCCCGAUAGAUGUCCGCACGCCUGCAGGAGUGGCCAAGCUGCUCAUGAAGCCGCUAGACAAACUGAGCGCCAAGGAGCUCCGGGACGCCAUGUCUUAUACGAGAAUGGAGCACAAGAGCAGACAGGUGAGAGAGGCCAUCUUUGAGAACCAAGUCAGACAGGAUGUCCAGGAGGAAAGAGCCAAUCGUCUGAGAUGGCAAGUUCAUCUAGGGAAGGAUCCACUCUCGGUAGAGGCCAGGGUAAAGAUUUUGGAGGAGAGGAAGUUUGCUGAUAACGUAUACAAGAUCAAGAGGGGAGAGCUGGAGGACCCGGAGGACUUCAGCAGAGCCCAGACCAAUGUCUCUACGAGGCGGGCAGUUCGCUGCUCAGGCCAGUUACCAGACUGUGUUCCCAAAUUCCACACAUUCUUUGGGAGCCCUCUUGAGAUCAGGCAGCGAGCUCUCAGAACUUUCCAGCAAGCAGCUCGUAAGGUUGUCCUACGUUGCAGAAUGGACAGAAGGCUCUCCUCUAUAAGGCAACCCACAGAGAAUGUAGAAAACCCAUCCAAAGUAUCACUCAAUCUCAACGAAAUGGACGAUGAAUCCAAUCCUGUGAUAACAGCCGACACGGACAGGCCAGCCUCUGCUCCAGGGGACCAGCAGACCACAGAUGAAGUUGAUGCGGGCUCACAGGGGCCACUUCCUGUAAAGCCAUCAGAGGUUAUUACCGUCGAACCAAAGGAGGAGCUGCAGCCUCCUGCGCCCAAACGGCCCUCUUCCUGUCCAGAGCCUCAUGCUGAGGAGGAGUUGGAGAAAGAGAGGAAGAGGCAAGAGGAGGAGAAGAGGAGGAGGCGGGAGGAGAGGAAGAGACGCCAGAAGAGGAGAGAGAGGAAGAGAGAAGAGGAAAAGAGAGAGAAGAGGAAUGAGGAAGGGAUGAGUGAAGCCAUGGCUAAGAUUAUCCAUUUGUCCUUCAGUGCCCCUGGUGCCCUGAUGGAACCGCCUCCAGCUCACCCCCUCAGGAUCUUUAACCCCUGCCCUGGUCUCAAUGCCUACAGGCCCAGCCUGAGCUACUUGGAGUGUGACUUGGAGUUCCACCUCUGCCCCCUGCCCAGGUACACCAUCUCCAAGGGCAACCACAUGAUGAACAGUGGGAAAUCAGUGGGAAAUCAGAAGAAGUUUCUGGAUCGGACGGAUGUUAUCUGUGGGGUCAUGACCUGGAAGAAGUUCACUGGAACAGCCGUGUCCAUCCUGUCCAGCACCUCGACCCUCACCAGCAACUGGGCCCCUCAAAUGUCUGACCCCUUGAAUGCCGCCCUGUUGUCCCCCCAAGCGCCGUCACCUCUAAGCAACCUUCCUGAGGAGAUAAGGGAAGAGGUUCAGGAUGGACAAGCCGAUGGGGAAGAGGUCACCCUCACUCCAGAGAUGGUGCAAGCCCAGUUUCCCUUCCCGGGAAGCCAUGACACCGCUGAAAAGGCUGCCAAAGCCGACAGCUGUCAAAGCCAGUACAGGAGCCCACACACAAUGCCGUCUCACAGUUCCACAGGGUCAAUAUCCAGAGAAAUGAGGGAGCAGCUGCUGUGUUGGUCCGCACGGGGUCAGUCCCACAGACUGGGCCUGAAGGUGUGGUCCCGCCUCAGUCACCUCCAGGCCAAGAACACCUCCACUGCCUCAGAUGAUUAAUAGCCUUGCUUUGCCUUUAGUGUGCGUCCCCCGACUGGAGCAGAUGCUGGAAGCACCACAUUAAAUUAAAUUUGGUUUUGUAAAGAUGCUCACUUGGGCUAUUCGUAAUACAAAUUUUCCACACAAGAGUUUGAACAUCAUUUCCAGGGGUAGGGGGGGAUUAAUAGUAGUUUUAGGGAGUCAACUUGCUCUCAUAUGCACAUAAUGGCACCCAUACUGAUAGGCCUUGUUACUUCAUAAGAGACAUUCCUCAUCUUGUAUGUGUUUACUGUUUAACUGACCUAACUACCUCACACAAUGAGGGGCAGGUAUUUGCAUGAUAAGGUUUCUUUGUGUGUUAUUAUGGGAUAGCCUGUCCAAAUUAUGAGCUGUUCAUUAGACACUAAGCUACCCUUUGUUCGGUACUGCAGUUUGAAACUCAUUAAGCCAGUGUGCUCAGUUUUGCCAACUUGAAAUGAAAGUCAAUAUGAAUAGUAAAUAUAAUGUAAAUAUGAAUAUCCUUACAGAUGCCCCCCCCCCCAGAAUGAAAAUAUUAUUACUCCACUUCUGUUUGUCUAUAGCCAUGGUUAGCAUGGUUAAAGAUUACAUUAAAUUUCACUUAAAGAUUUCCAUGCUGUGUCAUCCAUUAAAAUCAUUCAAAUUAUUAUCAUUCAUCAUGCAAAAAUGUCAAUGCAUGUACCAUCUCCAUGAGUGGUUCAAAAAUUCCAGUUUAGAACACACCUCUUCAUUGUUUACCGAAUCUUUAAAUGAGGAAUCCUUGGAAAACAGCCUUUGCCUUUGUGGAUUCUAAAAAUACACACACCGUCUCCCCCUGACCCACACUAACACUUCGAUGACAUCACGUACUAGUGACAAAGACUACAGUACAUAAAUACGGAGAAGUGUCUAGGUCCAUAGGGCAUGCACACUUUCACACGUUCACACUCUCUAACACGCAUAGCCCGCACGCAUAGCACACUGUACAGUCGCAUUCCCUGUCUUGAUGCAUUGAUUGGACAGGUGCUCCACCCUGUGGUGACCAUGUGUAUUUGUAUUUAUUGCUCUCAAGUUCCAAGUGUUUAGACCUGAGGCAGUACUGCAUCUGCCCUAAAAAAAAUAAAA